AUGGCAUGUUGGCUCGAGACUGUCGACCCGUCCAACACCGCCAGUGCGUACUACGCACCAGCAACGGUCGCACCCGCUGGUAAGCUCGUUCAUGUAGCUGGACAACCUGGAAGCACAAAGUAUGGCAUCGUGCCAGCCGACUACGAGUCCGAAAUCCACCUGGCUCUGCUCAACCUGCGCAAGCUCAUCAUCGCCGCUGGGUCUUCAAUUGAGAACAUUGUCAAACUGCAACUCUUCAUCGUCGACUACGAUGCCGCCAAUCGCAAACACGCCCAACACAUCCAACGAUUCCUCGCUGGUCACCGACCUGCCAUCACCCUGAUCCCCGUUCCUAAGCUUGCUGUCGCGUCAUGGCUAUUCGAGAUCGACGCUAUAAUCGCCGUCCCAGAGCCCGCCAUUCCUCCUGUCCUCCCUGCCACCAGCGAGAAUACCGACGUUGUCAUCAUUGGCGCCGGUCUUGCUGGUCUUUUGCUGCACACGAUGUCCUGCGCGCGGGGAUGUCUUGCGUCGUCCUUGAAGCGCGCGAUCGUGGUGGCGACAAGACGUGGAGCUCAGCCCUCAAUGGCGGUGGUGUCUAUGCUCUGGCGAAGCGCUAAGGUGCUGAGGUCAUUGAGCAAAACAUCCAGGGAAAUGCAGUUCUGCAGGACUUCAAUGGAAACUGCACUCCAUAUGUCUAUGGAGAUCUCCCCAGCUUUGAUAAAGCUACCCAAGCCCCUAGCGGAAAUCCGCGAUAUGUGCGUGGCUGAAUGCCAAGCUCUCGACACUUGGAGACCUCAAGAUACUAGCUUGGAUUCCAUCACAUUUGAGGCCUACUUGCGAUCUCGCGGGGCGAGCGAGGUAGCUUUUGCCACUGGAAUGAUCUGGACUCGGGCAAUGCCGGGUCAAGAUCCUAAGGAUAUUUCCGCUCUGUACUUCCUGAACUAUUGCAAGUCUGGGGGUGGUUUGUUGCAGAUGCGAUACGAUCGCAAGAAUGGCGGCCAAUAUCUCCGCAUCCAACAAGCGGGAGGUGUGGUUUACGGUGCCCACAAGAUCAUCAUCGCUGUUCCUACCCCUGCCAUGAAGACCAUCUCAUUCCACCCUAAACUCCCUCCUGCGAAGCAGGCAUGGAUUGAGUCCACUACCUACGGAUACUACACCAAGGCGAUGAUGGAGUUCCGCUCUCCUUUCUGGGUUAAGUCUGGCUUCUGUGGGCUUGCUCAGUCUUUCAUUGGUCCUGAUACUCUUGGCCCUGAUGUGUUGCGCGAGAGCGCUGGCAACUUGCACUUUGCUGGCACUGAGACUGCUGGUGAAUGGAAGCGCUAUAUGGAAGGUGCUAUUCGUAGCGGAGAAAGGGCUGCGGCUGAGGUUGUAAAGACGCUGAAUGCUGGUAUUUUUUCACGUCUAUAG